CCCCACCGGCUGCCGUCGCGGGCAGGGGUCUGGUUAGGACCGGGGUCCCCACUCGGGGACUGGGGCAUCCCCGACGCAGCCGAGAGGCACGGAGCCCGCGGGGGGCGCAAAUUGCUCCGCAGCGCCCGCCCGCUGAAUGGCGUGGGCAGGGGGGCGCUAGGGUUCCGGGGCGCCCCGAAGGCAGGGCGCCCUGACUUCUCUGGGGAACCCCGACCCCGAGGGGCGUUUGGAGGGAGCGCGCCCCAGCCGCACCGGACCUUGCGCUCAUCCCCCGCGCACCCCACUUCUGCACAAACUUUUCUGACGCCCUCGCCCGUGGGGGUCGCGGAGAGCGCUGGGGCCGGCCGCUGGGCUCCUGCCCCGCCGGACCCUGGCCACGCUGACCUCCCGCCUCUCGUAGCUUCAGUGGCGACCUCUCCAGGUCGGGCCGCGCACGGCACUCGAGGAGAGCGCGGCAACCACCUUCGCUCUCCGAAGGCUCCCGCGCCCCCCGGGGCAGCUGGGCGGGGUAAUGCCCUCGGUGAUGGAGAAACCGAGCGCGGGCUCCGGGAUCCUGUCCCGCAGCCGGGCCAAGACGGCGCCCAACGGCGGGCAGCCCCACUCGGAGGAUGACAGCAGCGAGGAAGAGCACUCGCACGACAGCAUGAUCCGCGUUGGAACCAAUUACCAGGCUGUAAUUCCGGAGUGCAAGCCUGAGAGCCCAGCACGCUACAGCAACAAGGAACUGAAGGGGAUGCUGGUGUGGUCGCCCAACCACUGUGUGUCAGAUGCCAAGCUUGACAAAUACAUUGCGAUGGCCAAGGAGAAGCAUGGCUACAACAUCGAGCAGGCACUGGGCAUGCUCCUGUGGCAUAAGCAUGAUGUGGAGAAGUCACUGGCCGACCUGGCCAACUUCACCCCAUUCCCUGACGAGUGGACAGUAGAGGACAAAGUGCUGUUUGAACAGGCCUUUGGCUUCCAUGGCAAGUGCUUCCAGCGGAUUCAGCAGAUGCUGCCGGACAAGCUAAUUCCCAGCCUGGUGAAGUAUUACUACUCUUGGAAGAAGACCCGCAGCCGAACCAGUGUGAUGGACAGACAGGCACGGCGGCUGGGGGGUCGCAAGGACAAAGAAGACAGUGAUGAGCUGGAAGAGGGACGAGGAGCUGUGAGUGAGGGAGAGCCAGAUGCUGGAGACCCCAAGAGAGAGCCUCUGCCUUCUCGGCCCCUGAAUGCACGCCCGGGCCCAGGGAAGAAGGAGGUUCAGGUGUCUCAGUACCGCCACCACCCUUUGCGAACCCGGCGACGCCCUCCCAAGGGCAUGUACCUGAGCCCCGAAGGCCUCACUGCAGUGUCAGGAAGCCCGGACCUCGCCAGCAUCACUCUGCGGGGUCUUGACUCCCAGCUCAUCUCCCUGAAGCGCCAGGUGCAGAGCAUGAAGCAGACCAAUAGCAGCCUCCGCCAAGCCCUGGAGGGUGGCAUUGACCCACUCCGCCCUCCUGAGGCCAACAUCAAGUUCAACUCCCGCUGGACCACAGAUGAGCAACUUUUGGCUGUACAAGCCAUCCGUAGGUAUGGCAAAGACUUUGGGGCUAUUGCAGAGGUGAUUGGGAACAAGACUCUGACCCAGGUGAAGACCUUCUUUGUGAGCUACCGGCGCCGCUUCAAUCUGGAGGAGGUGCUGCAGGAAUGGGAGGCCGAGCAGGAUGGGGCCCCUGGAGUCCCGGUCCCCAUGGAGGAGGCUAGGAGAGGGGCUCCUUUGCCAGCCCCAGCCCUAGAGGAAGAUGAUGAGGUCCAGAUUACAUCUGUCUCCACAUCUGUUCCCCGAUCGGUGCCCCCUGUACCACCACCCCCUCCACCUCCCACCUCGCUGUCCCAGCCGCCUCCACUGCUGAGGCCACCUCUGCCCACAGCUCCCACUCUGCUUCGCCAGCCCCCUCCACUGCAGCAGGGCCGCUUCCUCCAGCCCCGGCUGGCCCCCAACCAGCCCCCACCACCUCUCAUCCGCCCUGCUCUGGCUGCCUCCCGCCACAGUGCCCGCCCAGGCCCUCAACCCCCACCCACCCUGAUUGGAGCCCCUCUGGAGCCUCCAGCACCCUCACUCUGAGCCCUGAGGUCCUCCAUGAACCAGAGGCUCUGGAACACCUUUGCUGGACAUUCCCAGGCAUCUCCAGGUCACUAAGGAUGGAAGGGACCAGGGCUCUUGCUAGGUGUUUCAAAGACCCAGAGCUGCCGAUUGGCACAGUCUGGACCUGUGGGGUCUGUGUGUUCCUGGCAGCUGAGCCUGUCCCCUUACAGACAGGGCCUGGGGCUCGGGGGCCUUCUGAGCUGGCGUGAGGGUACGUUCUGCUUCUUGGCUGGGGCUGGAAUGGCUGCCUCCUAGUUUGCUGGGGCUUGGCCUUUAGGCCCUGCCUUUUGUGUGUAAGGGGUAGUGACCUUAGCAUGGGGCUGGGGGCAAGGACAGUUCGGUGUGCUGGCUGUUCUCAUUCCUCUUUCCCUUCUUUAGCAAUAAGUCUGGGGUGAGAUGGGGGGCCUGAGGGAGGAGGUGGGCAGAGAGGUUCCUUGGGGCCUGACAGCAGAAGAGGCUGGAAGGGAAGCUCUGUCUUAAGGGGCCAGAUGGGAAAUGCUGAGCUGAGGGCACCCACCAUGCCCACCUCCAAAAAGCCUGGAGAAAGCGGGGUUGGGAACUUAUGCAGACAUGGAUUUAUUUUUCAACAUUUUUAAAAAAUAAAUAAAAUCUCCCAAGCCUGCUGA